CGCCGAGGAAGCCGUUGGAGAUUCGACUCAGGUUCCAUGCUUCCCAACCACCCAUUCUAGCAAUGAUCUCUUCCGCAUCAUGGCUGCAGGCAACUCGCACCGCCGUGCGGAGGAGUCAGUUUCCAGAAAUCUACUUCUGCUCACGAUAUGCGGCCUCGGCACGCCGGCUUCGUUCGACGGCAUUAUCCAGCCAUGUCAAGAACUCAGAGGCGCGGCAUAGAAUCCUCCGACAGAGGAGAGAAUUUCACGCCGGACAACCCAAUCCUUCCGCGUCCCCUGGUGUACUGACCGACGAAAAGUCGGCAAACCUAUUCCACUCAGAGCUGACUCGGAAAGAAGACAUUUUGACCUAUCUUCGAAACUGGAAACCUCCGUCGCCAGAGCUUAACAUUGACCCCAUCCAGAAUCCGCAAAGUCUAUCCGGCGAACCGCAGAACAAAUGGGUUGGAAACAUGCUGAGGGAUGAGCCUAUGGUCAACGGGGAACGCACAAAGGAGUUUGACAUGGAUGCAUACCAAGAUCCCUCUUCUGAGGAUGGGCAUUUCCCCUACCUAUGGCCUGGACAUCUGGUUCUACUCGAACAAGAGACUGGUUUUAGUACAGGCCAAUUGGCCGUCUACGUUCGCACGGUUAACGAUCAGCAGCAGUUUUACACGGAUCGGGGGAAAUGGCGCGUGGCUCACCCUAACGAGAUGAGUUUUGCUUUAGGAGUGCGUGUACCCGAGGAAAUGAUCACGUCGAUCUUGCCUUAUUUCCCGACAUCGACCGUCGAAAAAUCCUUUUUGCCGCAAUUAGGCCUGGAAGGUGGGGUACCUAGACCAGCAGGACGGGCCCUGCUUGAGUGGAUGGAGUCGUUUGAGAAGGCCGCACGGAAAUUUUAUGCCCAAAACUCGAGCUUGUUGGACAAUGUAUACGACCUUGUGGCAGACGAAGAAGAGUUCAGGUUGCUGACGCUGGAUGAGAUCGGCCAAGAAGUAUUUGGGCGUACGCCUGGCACUUUAACGGAGGCCGAGCGAUAUGCAAUCCACAAGGGACUAAAACGACAGGCCUUCUACGUUGUUGCCAAUCAGACUCAUUCUACAACGGAAUCUUACACUAUUCGACCGAAACCACAAGCGAAGGUAGUGCAGACGGUGGUGGACUGGGUUCGCCGGUAUCAAGACAGUCAAGCGAGGGAGGCCCUAGGCUGGGGCAAGGGAUCUUUGAGUUCUUCUCCGAUGCACCAGUUUGUUCAAAAGGCGAGAAAACUGAUCUACCGGAGCCGGAAGUUACGCAACCCCACUCUCUCAUUUGCUGUCAGUCCAACCGUCCAGGGCUCUCCCGUGGAUGGGAAGGUUGGCGAUAUGGCCUACGACACCCUCCCUGUCGAAAAGUUCACCGAGAAUGAUCAAAUGAUCCUGAAGUUUUUGCGACUAUGGGUUACCCCGCCUUCGCUGAUGACCACUUCUGUCCUGAAAACGAUAGGGUCGAUGAUUAUUCGAAGUAUUGAAAUGUACGAUGGCUACCCCAUGACUCCACAGACGGGCUACCUGCUCCUUCAAGAGAUUGGAGUUGUGGCUCCUUGGGAAAACAUGCAUGUGUUGAGUGAAUUGGUCGCCUUACCGGGUCAUGGAACCUCACCCGCCUCCGACCGACUAGCAAAAAAAUGCAACGACUUUUGUGAAUCUAUCACUCCUGACACCUUCGUCGAUUACAUGAAAGACCUGCGAAAGGAUUGGGGCGAUCUCCCGGUUUUCUGCGUCGAUAGUCAAAGCACCUCCGAAGUCGAUGACGGCUUCUCCGUCGAGCCCGUGGAAGGCUCUAAUGGUGAACACUGGGUGCAUAUCCAUGUCGCAAAUCCGUCUGCAUUUAUACCACCCAAUCACAUACUGGCUAAAGGCGCCAAGUACUUCAAAAGGUCAUUCUACUCCCCGGAAAGGCUAUAUCCCAUGCUUCCGCAGAGCGUAACGCAGAAGCACUUCAGUCUUGGGCCGGAUAAACCCGUCCUGACCUUUAGCGCAAAACUCAACACGCAAGGGGAGAUACUAGAGGAGAAAAUCGUCAAUGGUUACAUCAGGAAUGUUGUGUACAUUACCCCCGACCGGCUUGCACAGCUUUAUGGCGUCGAUCGCCUCCAGGCUCCACGCAUGACAUUGCAAGUGGGAGGUGAAGCCAAAAUGCCUAGCCGACCAGAACUCCAGGACUACCUAUCUGAAGAGCAUGCGCAAUCUCUACUGACAUUACAGAAAUUGCUCAGCGCACAUUGGGAUGUCAGGGUGCAAAAGGGUGCCAUGAAUUCUGCCUCCUCGCAAAGAUCACAGCCUUUUGUUUCUGGAGGUAACGGCAGGAUCAAGUCCUUGGUGGUGGAUGGCAACGAAGCCCUUCAAUAUACCGGAGACCCUAUCAUCCACAUCAGUGGCCCGAUGCUAGAUCCUCUUGAAAUCUUGGAGUCUACGAAACAAGACCUCGUCUCGCAUGCUAUGGUCCUGGGUGGUGAAGUGGCCGCUAAAUGGUGCAAGGAAAGAGACAUUCCGCUCAUCUUCAGUGGCGUGACGCAACGCCCUGAGGAGACCGUUCUUCGUGGGAUCCUUGGGGGCGAAUCGACAUCGACAAGUAUGGCUCGUUUUAAAGGGUACUUAUCGCCAGUACCCGUGCCUCACACAGCUCUGGGAAUGGAGCAGUACGCGAAAUGCACAAGUCCCCUCCGACGAUUUUCAGAUCUCCUUUGCCACUGGCAGAUAGAAGCAGGUCUCCGCCGUGAGGCAGAGCGGAAACGGCCAGCAUUGGAAAGAAAAGACGUCACCCUACCUUUCUCCCUCGAAAAGGUCAACGCUAUUAUCUCCCGGUCUACCUGGCAGAACCGUCUCAAAGACCGUGCUCAGUCAAUGUCCCGGGAUUUCUGGGCCAUGCAACUUCUUUUCCGGGCAUUUAAUUACGGACAGGCGAAACUACCCGAAACCUUUCAAUGCCAGAUCGUCACUCAGCUACUUGAAGGCAAGGUGUCCAAAGUUAAAGAUUCGAAGGUGCAAUAUAUGGGUUCUCUGCUUCCUUUCCGGCUACGGUGCUGCAUCUCGAUGGACCCGAAGAUGCCGCCGCUGCAAGCCGGUGAUGUGGUGGAUGUGAAAAUCCAGCAGGCCAAUUUAUAUAACGUCUUUUUAGAUGUGGACUUUGUGAAACUUGUGAAAAGGCCUUCAGAGGAAGCCGCGAAGGGAUCCGGUGGGUUUUUCAUUUGAAAAGAUAUAACGAAUUUAUAUAUAUAUACCCUGUAUUAUAUGACUUGCUUUCUUUGCAAUUGUUCCGUGCUCAGCGUGGUACCUUGCAGUUUUUAAAAAUAUGGCGUUGUUUGGGGCUAUAGGGCCAAGGGAAACUUUGGAGGGCAUAUACUAUCGGAUCUCAUUGAUGCAUUUCUGGGAAUUUAGAGAGGUUUUAUAAGUACUGCACAACACAGCUCCCAUACCCAUUUACUAC